AUGCCGAGCUACAUGAGCAGAGACGGUGAGGCCGACCAUGACGUGGCCAAGGGGUUCGACACCGAGUAUUUCAAGAAGCAGCGCACAGCCCGACUCUCGGAGAGAGCCAAGCAGUGGAAUAACCUCUAUGGAGAGCUCAACUGGUUCCUGUAUAAGAUCGAGCAGGAGGGCCCGGAGGACGCUGCGGAGAAGGCCAAGGAGCUGAACCACUCGCUCUGGGACUUCGUCAAGACGGGUCUUGAGGAGAUCCCAGCGCAUCCCGACUUCGGGACGGAUUUCAACCAGGCGAUCCCCCUAGACCAGCUGCGCGGAUGGCUACUGCUACAGCGAUCGAGACUGACACCGACGGAGCGGGCAGCGGUCAUCCGCGCAGUCAAGGGUAAGUUCGACUACGAUAGCAUCGGAGAGCAGUUACGAGCUUCCUGGCCAGAUGAUGAGCUGACCAAUCGGGACAAGAAGCAGGGCAAGGGUUUUCGUCACCGAGAUCGUGGACGGAUCCACGCCGGCUGGGAGGCGAACAGCGAGGAGGACGACGACUACAGCUACUACGAAGAGCAUAAGUCCGAGGCGAUCUACGACGGCCAGGGCGGCGAGGAGGAUGAGGAAGACCCCGAGGAGCCGCUCUACAGCGCCCAGGAGAUCGAGGAAGCCGAGACCGCUUUCGCCGCCCAGCAGAGAAGCUUCGAGGAGGGCCCCGGGCUGGAUCUAGAGGCUCAGGGCCAUCCAAGGGACGAGGCCGCGGGAGCGGACAGCGACGUGACGGGCCACCCCGACGAGAAGGAGAUUGCUCCCAAGGGGUUCGGAGUUUUUGUCUUCUUCGGCACCGAGCAGGAUGCCGAGAUAGAAGCUAACCUCAUCACGAACGAGAUGUCCAGGCUGCGGUUGGAAGCGCCCCUUGCCAACAAGCCAGCAAUCAAGAAUCGGCCGAAGACCGCCAACCAGAAGAAGCAGCUGGACAAGAAUUCCUUCAUGCCGAUCGAGAGGGCCAUCGAGUUGCGAGAACGAGUUCAGCACGAGAAGCUACCGAUCAGGUCUACCGUGGAAAAGGCCGAGGACUGGAUUCUCAUGAGUGUCAAGCAGAGCUCCUCCAAGGGUUUCGGCAUUCUCGACAUCGGCGCGACCUCCAGCACCAUGGCCAUAGAGGCCGCCGAGAACCUACGCGACAUUAUCUACGAGCAGACGGGCAAGAACAUCAAGAUGGACGUUAGUCAGAAGAGUACGUUUAUAUUUGGCGACGGCAAUGCCAGGGCCUCCACCGGCAAGGCGACCUUUCCCCUCAUGAUCUCCGGUGUGGACGGCGAACGAGAGAUCAACAUCCUCGACGCAGACGCCCCGCUCCUGAUCGGAGUGGACGUGCUGAGCCGCCUCGGGGCUGCGAUUGACUGCGAGGCACGCGCUGUUCACUUCAAGAAGCUCGGGCGCCGAGCUGAGCUGCUCGUCCUUCCGAGCGGCCUCGGGCACAUCACCAUUACCUACGACCACGGGUACAUCAUCAUGACCUACGACCACGGAGACAUCAUCAUUACCUGGGACUACGGGGGCAUCAUCAUUACCUACGACUACGGGGACAUCAUCCUUACAAACGUCAUGGACAUCAUCAGAACCGCCCCCUACAGCACCAACUAUGACAUUAUAAGGAACACCUGCAGAGAUUCCAGCAACCAGCAUUUCUUCCACAUUCGCAUGAGCCUCAACCGCGAGGCGAAAUGCCGCAAGGCCGACAGCCAGCAGGUGAAGCUGGAGAACGAGGAGAUGGUCGGAUCAUGGGAAGCGGUGCCGCCACUGGAUUCAGGCGCUCCGACUCGCCCUCCGACGUCAACGAGACCUACGCAGCCGCCGCCAUCGACUCGUCUGAUCCAGCAUCAGGACACGAGGGGCAAUGUAUUCUACACGAUCGAGGGCUCGGAGAUGGACAAGAGCCAGAAGCGCCUGUCGGACACCUUCCUACUGGAGCACCUGCCGACCUGGGAGAUGUGGUCCAGCAAGCUCCUGAAGCAGUGGACGAUGUGCCGCCGCUGGGGGUGGGUCAUCAUCAAGGUCUUCCUCAAGACGAUUGACCGGGUGACCUGGAAGCUGGACAGCAUCGGCCUCCCUGUGCAGCUGCUGCCCGAGAAGUACCCGACCUGGCGAGCGGAGCCCGGGCAUCGUUCGAAGAUCGAGUCACAGCGCCCCAGGACGGAGACGAAGCAGAGGUCAGCCGCAUCCGCGGCCGCUCGAGAGCAGAACCAGGAGCUUCAGGCCAACAUCGAGACCGCAAAGUCCGUUUUCUCGACCAAGUAUGCGACCGUGGACGCGUUUGCAGCGCUCAGCUCGGGACAGAUCUACGAGAAGCUCAACAUGGCGACGGCGGUCAAUCACCUGAAGCCCCUGUGCAAGACCUGGGGACUGACGCAGUCCGGCAAGAAGGAGGAGGCGAUCGACAGGCUCAUCGCGUACAUCAUCGAGCAGCGCGGAACGGCGGCAGCGACGAUCAGGGUCAGGAAGGAGCUGGAGACCAAGAAGGUGGAGACGGGGCCUAUCGUUGUGGGCCCAGCGAUCCCAGCGCACUACACGCAGAUGUGCCAGCGCCCAGAUUGCCGGCAGCAGCGGGGCAUCGCGAAGAACGAGCCGAUCGUGGAGGUGAGGCCCUUCGGGUGGUGCCACCAGGCGUGCGGGAGCAGGCCAUCAGCGCCAGGCCAUUCGCGCAGCUACCCACUCGACGAGGUCGGCCAUCUUCGGGGCGAUGCGCGCUCUCACGACCUUCGGCAGAUUGACGAUGGUCGAGGCGUCGAGAAGGGCUACCACUACGAGAGACUCGGCCUGUUCAAUGACUGCGACCUCAGCAAGCCGCAGGGGUACCACAAGGCGAAGUUUCUGCUGGGCGAGAGGCGCCCAGAGCUCCUCGUCAGCACACCUCCCUGCGGGCCGUGGUCGAUUAUGCAGAAUAUCAACCAGCGCGACGACAAGCAGAAGGAUAGUCUGCGCAAGAAGCGACUCAAGAGCCAGUGGAUCUUCGAGAACAACAAGAGGCUCAUCGAGCAUCAGGCACUUCACCUGAAUGGCUCGGCCCUCGCCGAGCAGCCACGCAACAGUCGUUCGUGGCAGAAGACCUGUUGGAAGGACCUGCACAAUACUCUCCCUUACGAGGUGAUCGUAGACGGCUGCGCCUGCGGACUCAAAGCCCCGGACACAGGCUGGUUCACACCAACCUGGGACAUUUACCUCGAGCACAUCUUCUACGUUACCUACGAGACCGAGGUGCGAGACCUGAGCACGAACACCAACGUGACGGCGCUAGCGAUCCUCGACGCUGGCUCGGACAUACUCUACGUGCGGCUUAUCGACGAGAAAGCGAUCCCAGGGACCAGCCGACAAGCUCGGGCGGGCGACCUUCGACACAUUUUUGCUACGAAAUGGUUCCCUUGGAUGGGGCGGCCGAAGGUCAUGCGCUAUGAUCCAGCCGGGAGCGCCAUCUCCGACGAGUUCCGCGAGUGGAUCGAGAGCCAGGGAGUCUACUGCCUCCCAUGCGCUGCCGACGCCCACUGGCAGAUCGGCAAGAUCGAACGAGCCAUUGAAGCGUUCAAGGAGGCCCUUGACGCCUUCGACGAGAUGAUUUCAGCUGGAGUUCCCACGAGCGAGAUGUUCGGACUAAAGACAGCAGCCAGGAACGACCUGAUCAGGAUCGACGGUUUCAGUCCGCUGCAGCGCUAUGCAGGACGGACACCCACUGGCACCACGGUCAACCUCUUCGACGAGUUGACCAACCUGCCGCUCAUCAGUGCCGAGCUGCAGGAUGGCACCUUCCGCAGGGACGCUCAAGUACGACGGAUGGCACGGCUAGCUCACAUCCAGACGGAGUGCUCCGAUCGAGUCAAGCGUGCGGAGGCCGCAAGAUUCAGAUCGUUCAAGAAGUACGAGACGGGCGACCUGGCAUUUGUCUUCCGGCGACUCCCACCAGGAGCCUGGCGCAAGAAAGGUCAUCGACCUGGUCUGCCCGGGGCGGUGGUCAACAUCGCGCUAGCUGGACGACUCUACCGAGUUGCUCCCGAACAACUUCGGCCCGCCACACCUUCCGAGGAGGCGAUGGCGUCGCUACGCUCGCGCCGCGAGCUGCCUGGAACAUGGACCUUCGGCGACGCCCAGAAGCAGCUCGACGCGAACGAUGUGAUCGACCUGUCGAACGAGUCCCCACCCACUGGUGAGGACCUGGCCGCUGACGACGGAGAGUCGGUCAGCGCCCGCACCUUCGAGAAUAACGCAAGCGGGCCCUGGGCCAUUCCUGAAGACGAGGACCUACCGGUUCCACGAGGAUCUACGGAGCCCCCGAUCAAGAAGCAGCGGAUCAACUUGGCGACCCAGGAGGACUAUUCCUACUACCUGCAGGAGGGUAAAUUCUACGGGGACUACGCCUACAGCGUCCAGCCGUAUGACGAGGUCAAGGAGGACGACGAGCUCAUCGUGCUGGACAUCCCUGUCAACAACGAGCACACGCUCAUGGUUUACAUGGACGACCCCAGCAACUUCGUGGCAUCGCAGGCCCGGAAGGGCCGAGUCGAAGUCUCAUUCAAGAAGGCGACCCCAGAGGAGAAGAAGGUGCUACUCGAGGCACAGCAGAAGGAGUGCACCUCCGUCCUCAGCACGAAGGCCGUCAGGAUCCUCAGUCGACAGGGGAUCGACCCAGCGCGUCUGUUGCGCUGCCGUUUCGUGCUGAUCUGGAAGAAGGAUGACAAGGGCAACGUUCUCAGGGGCAAGGCCAGAUUGGUCGUGCUCGGCUUCAGCGACCCCGACCUGCUUCAUCUACGGACGGAGUCUCCAGUUGCAUCGCGACGGGCACGUCAACUUCUACUGGCCAUGGCAGCGAGACACAAGUGGAAGCUGAAGAAGGCCGAUGCCGUGACUGCCUUUCUCCAGGGAGAAACGGACGAGGAGAAGCGGAAGAUCUACGCGGACCCCCCGAAGGACGUACGUCAGGCCUUCGGCAUGAAAGACGACGAGGUCCUGCAGUUUCUCAAGCCGAUGUACGGGUUCGUACAUGCUCCUCGCAAGUGGUGGUUACACUUCAAAGGAACGCUCAAGAUGCUGCAGCUGGAAGUGAUACAGUGCGAGCCAUGCGUCUGGGCCAUCCGAGACAGCAGUACGCUGGUCGGCAUGAUCAUCCUACACGUUGACGACAUGAUGAUGGCCGGCGAUCAUACUCACUCGGGCUUUCUCAAGAAGCGACAAGAGAUCCAACAAGCAUUCGAGUGGACCCCCUGGGAAAGCCGAGCAUUCGUGCAGCGCGGUAUCAGCAUCCGUCAGAACGAGGAUUUCACUUGCAGUCUCGCACAGGACAGCUAG